AUGGCGCCGCCGCGCGGCGACAGGAAGAUGGGGAAGGGCGCCGGUGGCAAGACCGACCUGCGCCCCGACCGGAAGCAGUUCAAAAGGCACAGCAAGGAGGAUGCAGCUGCUGAGCAGGGGGAUGGCGAAGGAGAGCAGCAGCAGUCGGCAGCGCCGGGUUCUGCUGCGCUCCUCGCCGCAGCUUCUGACGAAGCUGACUUCCCGAGAGGGGGACGCAGCCUCCUGAGCAAGGAUGAGGUGGCGGAGGCUCGUGCGGAGGCGGAGCAGGAUUUCGAGAGGGAGGGGAAGAAGGGGAAGGGGAAAAGGAAGAGGAGGGGCGGCGACUCGUCUGGUUUUGGCGCGGAUGACGACUUGGGGACACUCUUCGGCGGGGCCACCACUGGGAAGCUCCCACGCUUUGCUAAUCGCAUCACAGUAAAGAAUAUUUCACCAAAUAUGAAGCUCUGGGGUGUUGUAAUUGAGGUUAACCAGAAAGAUAUCGUGUUAAGUCUACCUGGUGGAAUUAGAGGGUUUGUUCGCUCAGAGGAUGUGUGCGACAUUGCUUUGCAGGAAAAUCGUAAGGAUAGUGAGAACAGUUUAUGUGCAGAAGUUGUUCAUGUUGGUCAGCUUGUUCCUUGUAUAGUCCUACGAGUUGACGAUGAUAAGAAAGAAGGAAAAGUAAACAAACGGGUUUGGCUAUCAUUGCGAUUAAGCCUACUGUACAGGGGACUUUCCCUGGAUGGCUUGCAGGAAGGAAUGGUACUUACUGCCCAAGUCAAAAGCACUGAGGACCAUGGUUACAUUCUUCAUUUUGGAGUAUCCUCCUUUAGCGGAUUUAUGCAAAAGGAUGACAAAGAAAAUGUGAAGAUUGAGCGCCGACAACUGAUGCAAUGUGUUGUGAAGGCGAUUGACAAAACUCGGGCUAUUGUUCACUUGAGUUCUGAUAAAGACUUGCUUUCUAAAUCUAUUAUUAAGGAUCUGAAAGGCCUUUCUAUUGAUCAUUUGAUUCCUGGGAUGAUGGUUAAUGCACGCGUCCAUUCAGUUCUUGAAAAUGGAGUCAUGUUAUCAUUUCUUACUUAUUUCAGUGGAACAGUUGAUAUUUUUAAUUUGUUGAAUUCCUUUCCCUCUGGUAAUUGGAAAGAUGAUUACAGUAAGAAUAAGAAGGUAAAUGCUCGCAUCCUGUUCGUUGAUCCAUCAACAAGAGCAGUUGGGCUUACAUUGAACAAACAUUUACUUCAUCUUGAAGUACCCCCUAUUAAUCUAAAAGCUGGAGAUAUCUACGAUAAAUCAAAGGUGCUGAGGGUAGAUAAAAAGGCUGGUCUUUUUCUUGAAAUACCUUCUCCAACUCCAUCACCUGGAUUUAUUAGUAUACAUGAUGUGUCAGACAAGGAUGCAAAAAACUUGGAGAAGUUUAAGGAAGGCAGUAGCUUACGUGUCCGUAUACUUGGAGUGCGGAAUCUUGAAGGAGUUGCAAUAGGCACCGUAAAAGACAGUGCUUUUGAAGGGUCUGUUUUCACUCAUGAUGAUGUUAAACCUGGAAUGUUAGUGAGAGCUAAGGUUGCUACUGUUGAGCCAUUCGGUGCUAUUGUACAGUUUUCAAGUGGUGUGAAAGCACUUUGCCCGCUUCCUCAUAUGUCAGAGUUGGAACAUAUUGUGAAACCAUCAAAGAAAUUUAAGGUUGGAGCUGAGCUUCUUUUCCGUGUAUUGGGCUGCAAAUCCAAGAGAGUUACAGUGACAUACAAGAAGUCUCUGGUGAAAUCAAAACUUGAUGUGCUGGCAUCAUAUACUGAUGCAAAAUUUGGUUUAGUGACUCAUGGAUGGAUUACUAAAAUUGAAAAGCACGGUUGCUUUGUAAAAUUCUACAAUGGAGUUCAGGGUUUUGUUAGCAGAUCUGACCUUGGAUUAGAGGCUGGAACUGAAGCAGAAAAUGUUUAUCAUGUUGGUCAAGUGGUCAAAUGUAGAAUUAUCUAUGUGAUCCCUGCUUCAAGAAAACUAAAUGUUAGUUUUGUCAUAUCCCAUAAUAGGGUUAUUCCGAUAGACACUCCAAAGUUGGGUAGUAUUGUCUCUGGUGUUGUGGAACGGCUUACUCCUGCAGCUGUUGUUGUCAGUGUAAAUGGCAUCUCCAAGGGGACAAUAUUAAAUGAACAUUUGGCAGACCAUCAUGGUCAAGCUUCUCAGUUGAAGAAUUUGCUGAAGCCUGGGCACGAGUUCAACCAACUUCUAGUUCUCGAUAUUGAAGGUCCAAAUUUAGUUCUUUCGGCAAAGCACUCACUUAUCAAUUGCGCAAAUGACAUUCCUUCAGAGAUAUCGCAGAUGCAUCCUGGAGUUGUAGUUCAUGGUUACAUCUGCAACAUUAUCGAAGCUGGUUGUUUUGUCCGUUUUCUCGGACAUUUGACUGGUUUCUCUCCCAAGGACAAAGCAGUUGAUAGGCGGAUAGAAAGGCUUUCUGAUGCAUUCUAUGUUGGCCAGUCAGUUCGGAGUCAUAUACUCAGCGUAAAUGCAGAAACUGCUAGAGUAAAACUCGCACUUCAACAGUCAAUGUGCUCCUCAACGGAUUCUUCAUUUAUUCAAGGAUACUUUCUUCUGGAUCAGAAGAUUGCAGCAUUGAAGUACUCAAGCAAUGAUUGGGCUCACACUUUUGGCAUUGGUAGCUUAGUUGAGGGGGAGGUGGGAGCAAUAGAAGAAUAUGGCAUUAUCCUUAACUUCAAAGACCAUCCGGAUGUUGUUGGCUUAAUCGAGCACCAUCAACUUGGUGGCAGUAGUGUGGAAGUGGGAUCUUCUGUGAAGGGUCUUGUUUUCGAUUUAUCUGAUGGAGUUGUUAACUUGUCCCUUAAACCAGAGCUAAUUGGCAGUGUUAGAAAUGUUGGAAAAAAGAAGAAACGCCAAAGGGCUGCAGUUGCAGACUUGGAGCUUCAUGAGGAAGUGAAUGCAGUUGUGGAAAUAAUCAAAGAGAGCUAUGUGGUCCUUUCCAUCCCUGAGUACAAUUACGCAAUUGGUUUUGCACCACUGAUGGAUUACAACUCACAACUGCUUCCCCACCACCACUAUGAUAAUGGACAACGCAUUACUGUGGUUGUUGGAAAUAUCCCAAGUUCUGAUUCUUCUGGAAGACUUAUCCUACUACCAAAAGCUUUGGCUCAGUAUUCUGCCCUCUCUGAAUCUAAAAGGGCUAAGAAGAAAUCUGGCUACAAAAUUGGGUCACUUGUUGAAGCAGAGAUUAUUGAUAUCAAGCCGCUUGAACUUCUACUGCAAUUUGGUGGCAAUCUUCAUGGAAGAAUCCAUAUUACUGAGGUUCUUGAAGAGGAUUCUGAUGAGCAUCCCUUUAGUAAAUUCAGAAUAGGGCAAAAGCUUAAUGCCAGAAUUGUUGCAGAGGCUGAACCUUCUGGAAAGAGUGGCAAAAACUUCAAAUGGGAAUUGUCUAUUAGGCCAUGUAUAGUCAAGGGAGAGUUUGAAGAAUUAACUGCUCAAAAAGAACAAAAGCACACCACAAAUGAGAUUGUACGUGCUUAUGUCGUCAAGGUGGAUAAGGAAUGGGUCUGGUUAACUGUAUCAAGAAAUGUUAUGGCUCAUUUAUUUGUACUUGAUAGUUCUUCUGAGCCCAGCGAACUGAAAGAAUUCCAGCAGCGCUUUAGUGUAGGCCAAGCAGUGAAAGGCCGUGUUAUCAAUGUGAACCGGGAGAAAAGGUUACUUCGGUUGAAGGCACUUGAUAACCAAUGCACACAGCCGAAUAUAGAUGAAAUACAACAAUCAAAGUUCUCUGUGUUUGAACAAACAAAACAAGGAGAUAUCAUCGGUGGACGUGUUCAAAAAAUUCUACCUGGUGUUGGUGGGCUUGUCGUUCAGAUUGGACCUCAUCUCCAUGGGAGGGUUCAUUAUACUGAAAUUGUUGACUCAUGGGUGGCCGAACCCUUGUCUGGAUUCCAUGAGGGCCAGUUUGUGAAGUGCAAGGUCCUGUCUGUGAGCCGCUCAUCAGAAGGAUCACUUCGAGUUGAUCUUUCACUCCGUUCAUCAAAUCUGAUCAGAGACUCUAACAACUCAGGACUAGUUGAUGAUCUGGCAACCUGUACCUCCCGGAUCGAAAAGAUCAAGGAUCUGCUUCCCGGAACUGAGAUUAAGGGCUAUGUGAAGAAUGUUAAUUCCAAAGGAUGUUUUAUUAUGCUUUCUCGAAUGGUUGAGGCUAGGAUUACUCUAUCAAAUUUGUCAGAUGAGUAUGUUGAAAAUCCGCAGAAGGAUUUCCCUGUUGGAAUGCUUGUACAUGGAAGGGUCCUGUCUACGGACCCAUCAUCAGGGAGAGUUGAGGCAUCACUUAGGAAGACCACUGGUUCCAAAUUGGAAAAGCUGGAUGAUAUUAGUUAUAGUGAUUUGCAUGUUGGGGAUAUCAUUGAUGGCCAAGUUAAGCGGGUUGAAUCCUUUGGAUUAUUCGUUACAAUUCGGAGAAGUGAACUGGUUGGUCUGUGCCAUGUAUCAGAACUUUCUGAUGAACCUGUCGUUGAUAUUAACUCUUGCUAUAAAGCUGGUGAUAUGGUUAAAGCCAAAAUUCUGAAGAUCGAUGAGAAGCGGCAUCGAGUAUCACUUGGAAUGAAGAAGUCGUACUUUGAUUCUGAUCUGACUGCUGACACAAAUGAUGAUGAAGAUGAUGAAAGUGCUCUUAUGGACAUCAGUGUUGCCCCUCAGAUGGUUGAAUAUCAUAACAGAAGUUUAGUUCAUCGCAAAGCAGAACCAAUGGCUUCUGUGCUGCCUCUUCAGGUUUGCUUGGAUGAAUCUGAAGGUUCUGACCUAGAGGAUAAUAAUAAUAAUAAUAAUAAUAAAGAUCUUGAAAUUGCAAAUGGAACUGAAGCAAAUGCUAAAAAGAAUGAUAAACAAUUAAAGAAGGAAGCAAGAAAACAAAGGGAACUAGAAAUCAGUGCUAUGGAGGAAAGGGCUUUGCAGGGAGAUGUACCACAAACUCCAGAUGAUUUUGAGAAGUUGGUCAGGAGCUCCCCAAAUAGUAGUUUUGUCUGGAUAAAAUAUAUGGCCACUUUGUUAGAUCUUGCAGAUGUUGAGAAAGCACGUGCAGUAGCUGAGAGGGCUUUAAAAACAAUAAUCCCCAGAGAAGAAGAGGAGAAACUUAAUGUUUGGGUAGCAUAUUUCAAUCUGGAAAAUGAAUACGGUAGUCCACGGGAGGAUGCUGUGAAAAAGGUAUUCCAAAGAGCCUUGCAAUAUUGUGAUCCCAAAAAGUUGCACUUGGCUCUUCUUGCGAUGUACGAGAGGACCGAACAGUAUGAACUUGCAGAUGAACUUCUAGACAGAAUGACCAAAAGGUUCAGAACUUCCUGCAAGAUAUGGUUAUGCCGCAUUCAGUUCGCCCUCAAGCAAGGCAAGGACGUUGAGUACAUCAAAUCCAUUGUAAACCGUGUGCUUCUAAGUUUGCCACAUAGGAAGCGCAUAAAGUUCCUCUCGCAGACAGCUAUUCUAGAAUUCAAAUGUGGGGUGCCUGAAGAAGGAAGAUCCAGAUUUGAACUAAUAUUGCGGGAGUACCCAAAAAGAACAGACCUUUGGAGUGUUUAUCUUGACCAAGAAAUCCGCCUUGGUGACAUAGAAGUUAUACGGGCAUUGUUUGAGAGGGUGACUUGUCUUACCCUACCUCCAAAAAAGAUGCAGUUCUUGUUCAAGAAGUACCUUAAUUUCGAGAAGUCACUGGGUCAAGACAACGAAAGAAUUCAGCUUGUGCAGCAGAAGGCAAUUGAAUAUGUUCAGAGUUCACUGCCGUCACAAGACAACUCUUGA